AUGUCAGCAGCGACUCGCAAGUCUGGUGGUGCCGGUAGCCCCAGCAAAUCAUCGACCGCAGAUCCGCCUUCGACCAACGGAACCGCCACUCGAGGUCAUGCCCGCUCGCCCAGUGCAGCAAACACCACCGGUCUCAGUCGCUCUCCUUCUCUCCGGAGCUCUACACCUGUCUCUGCGCGCGCUGCCGCCCGAAAGCCUGGUCGAUCCAACUUGAGCAUGUCCAACGUCCCGCGGGUCAGUAACGACCCCUCCGAGGAGGAAGCCCGCGCCCAGAAUGCUGCUCUCAUCGAGGAGCUGCGGGCACAACUGCAGAAGGCCGAGGUGGCCUCGGAGCAAUACCUGAAACAGCUCGGAGUCCUGCAGAUGCGACUCGACGAGGCUGUGAGCGAGCAAGGGAAGUUGGAGGACCAAGCCCACGAAAAGGAUACCCGACUCGAGACUCUCAACGGUGAGAUUCGGGACCAGGCUCGCCGGAUACGGGACCUUGAGCAGCAGCAUGAACUGGAGCGCAAUGCGUUGCUCCAGGAGAAAGAGCAACAAGCCAGUCGAGAAGAGGAGUUGCAGGCGACCAUUCAGCGACUGAAAGAUUCGGUGGCGCAGAAGACAAGCUUCCGAAACCGAUCCUCGCCCGAUGUCGAUGGCCAGUUCGCUCCGUCAUCUCAUAUCGAGCGCAGCCCCUCCCGGAACAAUUCCAAUCUGCUGCUCCAAAAAGACAAGCUUAUCGAGUCGCUUCGUCUCGAGCUGGCUGAAUCGCAGAUUAAACUGGUGGAGAUGGAGAAUGCAGGCGGGGGUCGCCAGCGCGAGCUAGAGAAAGAGCUCUUGGAGGCUCGCAUGGCCAAUGCCCGUCUGAUGGAAGACAACGAAAGCUACCAACUUUUGCUGAGUGAAAAGACUCUGACGGGAGAUUUCACCAAGGGUGAUUUUAUGCAACACAUUCAUCCCGACAAGUCGUCAGGUGGAGGCCUGGGAUCCCUGGCCGAUGAACUGGAAUCCGUCGACGAGACUCCCGAAAACGAGCCGACCAGCAAAUUAGAAGCCGAGGUCAAAGCCUUGAGGGAUCAGAACAAGGCGUUGACUCUCUACAUUGAGCGCAUUAUCAGUCGUGUGCUGCAGCAUGAUGGCUUUGAGCAUGUUUUGGAUCGAAACGAGGAGGACUCUGGCUCCAAAGCCUCAAAGCUGGAUGAGAAGGAGUUGCCCCCAACGCCACCCGAGAAGGACGAUGCACCCUCGCAAUCUCUCUAUCAGCGUGCCAAAUCUGCUGUUGCCGGGCCUCCUCGCUCCCAGCCCCGAUCGCGCCCUAGCAGCAUGAUGCCGCCGCCAUCCUUACCAUCCACCAGUGCGAAUGAGAAUCCCGAUACGGCCCCGAGCAUCCCGAUCCGCGCCCAAUCCGUCCGCGCAAGCCACCGUCGAACUCGUUCGGAGCAAGUUGAUCCGAACGCGGCCUCGGUUGUUGGGCAAAUGUAUCGGGGUCGGAACUCUGGGGGGCCAUUGAGUCCUACGGCUGUAGGCCCUGGCUCGCGGCAGAGCAUGUUUUCCAGUGCGGCCAGUUACAUCUCCAGCCGAGCGCCCUCGAUGUCCAGCCAGCCCGACCGGGGGGGCCGCAGCAGCUCCCCGAGCAUCCUCAGUGACAUUCAUGGCGACAAUAACUCCACCGGUGCGACAUCAAGCCCGCCCCGUUCAAACAGCGGUAUGACCAACUACACCGGCGCUGUGAUGACGCAAAACAAGCUGCGCCCUCUGCGCUUGGUCAGCGAUGCUGCACGACUAGAAGAAGAAGAGGCAGCCCGCAAAAAGGCCAAUCGCGCGAGCUGGAUUCCGGGAUGGUUCAAUCGCCCUACCAGCGGAGAUGAGCAAGCGCAGUCUCCCUCCUAG